AUGUCUGCCGUCUCCAUCAUAAAAGGGCCUAUCCAGCUCGCUGGCCUCCUCUUCAAGCCCACCACCAGCGGCAAAACCCCCUCUCUCAUUGUCAUUCACCCCGGCGGCGGAGUCAAGGAGCAGACAGCCCAGGUGUACGCAAAGAAGCUUGCAGCCAAUGGCUUCACAGCAGUAUGCUAUGACGCAUCCCACCAAGGCGAAAGCGGCGGCGACCCCCAUUUCCUCGAGGACCCGAACCAGCGAGUGAGCGACAUCUACGCCGUCGUGGACUACCUGCAGAAAGAGGACAGUGUCGAUGCAGGCAAGAUUGGAGUUGUUGGAAUCUGCGCGGGUGGUGGGUACGCCGUCGCGGCAACCAAGGCUGACCACCGGCUCAAGGCAGUCGCUGCGAUCAGCAUGGUCAAUAUUGGGGAUUCGGCGCGACAGGGCUGGUAUGGGGAUGAGGAUCCCACGAAGCACGUUGCGUCGUUGGAGCAGGCUGCGGCGCAAAUCGCGGCUGAGACUCAGGGUGCGGAGCGGGCUGCUGCGCCGUAUGUGCCUCCGCAGCUGGACGACAAGACUCCUUAUGAUUUGAAGGAGGCACACGAUUAUUAUCUGGGGCCGAGGGCGCAGCAUCCUCGCGCGGAGAACAAGAUGCUGUUCCUGAGCUUUCCGAGGGUGCUUACGUUUGAUGCAUUUCAUCUCGCGGAGUGGUUUCUUACGCAGCCGACUCUGCUGAUUGCGGGAGAGAAAGCUGGGUCUUUGUGGCAUACGGAGAAGCUGGAUGGGAUUCUAGGUGGAAAGGCAACAAAGGUUAUUCUUCCAAAGGGCACGCACAUGGAUCUCUAUGACAAGGAGGAGUUUGUGGACCCUGCAGUGAAGAAUGUGGUGGAAUUCAUGCGAUCGAACUUGUCGUGA